AUGCGGUCUCUGGCUCCCGAUUCGGGAUCCAGUUUCAGAGAGCGAGAGAGUGGGGAGCGCCGGCAGCCCGGAAGGGGAAAAAAGGCGAGAAGAGCGGCGCGGCGGCGGCCGGAGAGGGAGCGGCGGGCGCAGGCGGCGGCGGGCGCGGCGUUGGCGGCGGCCCCGGCGGAGCGAGGGCAGCACCGGCGAGCCGGGAACACAGGCGGCCGCGCGGCGUCCUGGCCGGGCCCGCGCGCUCCGCAUCGCCCGCAACCCGGGCGUCCGACCUCCCCGGCGUCCGAGGGGCUCCGGCAGGCUGGGGGAGGGGAGGGGGCCUGCGCGCGCUGGCGGGGGCGCUCCGGGGUCGUCCGGCUAGGCCUGGAGCCGGCCGGGGGCGGCGGGGACAGGAGGAGCCCCCCCUCCGGUCGGGCGCCCGGCUCGGCCGCCAGCGACAAGGGGCGCUCCCGGGUAUUCGCAACUCGCCGGAUCCAGUGCUCGUCCGCGGGGCCGCUGCUGCUGGGCAAGAGCCCCCUGCGGACGUUCCGGGCCCGGAGUCCUUCCCCCACACUCCGAGCCGGGGGCGUGCACCAGAAGCCCUCGCCCAUGGACCCGGCCUUGGCAGCCCCCUCCGGAGACUCCCCGGAGGUUCUCUGGUCCCCAAACAGCGCCCCCGUUCCCAAACACACAGACGCCCUGGCUGUUCCCUUGUCGCCUUCUUCUCCACUUGGUCGGACAGGCCGCGCGGAUAAGCCGCCUCGAACUUUGGGUCCGCCCUGUGCCCUCUCGGCGCGAAGCAGCGAGGCCAGGCGCGGGUUGGCCCCGGUUCUCAGCGAGCGGAGGCCGCUGGCCCUCCGCGGCCGCGGCGCUCGCUUGGAGCCUCCUGGGUCCCCCUGGAGGAACAGUCACAGCCCCCGCCGCCUCCGGGAGGAGCGGGGGCUCUGGUGUGUCCAGGCGCCCUUUCCCCAGUCCCUGCGGCCCCCUGGGCAGGGCAGAGCGCGUCUGGGGCCUGCCUCGGGAGGGGGCGGCGUAGCUGAAAACCGCUCGUCUGAGGCUGCGUCUCCGAGCCCGGGUCCCUCUGCCGGGCCUCGGCGGCUCCUGCUGGAUCCUCGCAGCCAAGGAGGCAGCGAGGGAGGUGGAGGGAGGAAGCCGCUCCCUGUCGACCGCAGGCGGCAGCGAAACUCAGCGCCCGGACGCCCGGGUGCCGCCGCGUUCGGCUUUGAGCACCGGAGCAAGGUCAAGCCAGCGAAAGAGGGGACGGGCUCCUGGGCGCGGCUCUGCCCGCGUGGAGUCGGAGCUUUAGGAGCCGCUGUGAGCGGUCUGCGGAGCGAGCCCCCGGCGCCUGCCGCCCGCGCCAGGUCCCCGGAGGCGGACGUUGCGCGCGUUCGGGGAUUCCGGGGCGCUCUGCGCGGUUCCGGCGUCCUCGCCGCGUUCGCCUGCCGCUCCUCCGCGCCGCUUUCCGACUUGUUGCGCCUAGAUUUGGGGGCUCCGGGCCUGGGAGCCCUGAAGCCCGGGCAGCUGGGGCCGAGCCCGGAAGCCGGCGAGAAUGCGCCAAGGCUGCGCGAGGCUACGCGGGCGGGCGCGGCGCUGGGGGCUGGAGCGGGGAGUGUGCUGCCUGCGACCCUGGAGAAAGCCCUCGGCGCCUCGCGGGCCUUGGCGGUAGCGUUUGUGAAAUGGGGGCGCGGGUUGUGCUCUGGGAGCCCUCCCGGCCCAGCCCCCGUCCCGGGAUCCACGGUGCUGGGUCCGCAGUGUGCCGGGUCUGCGGCGUCCCGCAGGCCGGGUCCCGAGGCAGACCGGCGCCUGCGGACACGGCCGCGGGUUCCGGGAGGAGGCGGCUCCCGGAGGGUCGGGCGAGUGGCCCGGGCGCCGCACCCUCUCCUGGCGCUCUCGCCCCCUAGCCCUCCAGCCGGCCCCGCCCCCCCUCCGGGUCCCGGGGCCCCGGGCCCGCCCCCUGGGGACGCCUCCGGCUCGGGCCCGGGCUCCCCGAGCCUGGCUGCGGUGGCGGACCGCGGAGGGCAGCGCGCUGCGGCGAGCGGCCGGGAGAGGGCGCGCGCGCCCACCCGCCGCCCUGCCGGCCUCUUCCGCCGCCUCCGCGGCCGCGGCGCCAGCCAGGUCCUGGGCAGCCCCUGGGCGCCUCGCCGGCCUCUGCGCUCCCCCACCAGCGCCAUUCGCUGGCGACUCAGCCCGAGCCCCAGGCACUUGUCUCUCCCCAAACUCGUUUGGCCCCCUGCCCUGUGCACAGGCGGCUGCAUGCGGUCCCUGGGCCUGCGGCCGCCAGGGAGAGUCCUGGGGCUGGGGCUCCAGCCGGUGGCGUGUCGGGUCCCAGCCUGGACCACGGAGGGCGCUGCAGCCCAGCUGGCUGAAGGGCCUCCCGGGUCUGGGACGGGCUGUGGGACCCUGGCCCAGGCCUCGUGGUCCCCAUACUUCAGUGGGCAGUCAGGGCAAGGUCACUCUGCUAUAGCAAUGCCAAAAGCUGUCCCCUACAAGCGGGAGGGACAAGGUGGGGGCCGAGUGAGACACGAGCAGGACAGUGUGCGAGCUUCCUUCCCGGGGCGCCAGAGCCUCACCACUGAAGAGCAGCCGGAGGGCCGGGUGGCCACGCUGUCCCAGGACCAGAGCCCCAGCCCCCUGCCCCCCACCCCUGGCUGCAGUUAG